AUGGAAGUGGCCAUCGGCUACCGUACCUCCGCUUCGGCAGUUUUGGUGUCAAGGGAUCGGAUUCAGAAGGAACAUCUGUUGGAUAACUAUGAUUUUGAGUUACUGGAACAUUUCGGGGUUAUAUAAAGCUAAUGUUAUACAGGUUCAUUUCCGAGUUUGACGAAUGCGAGGUGGUUCUGGCGGCCGGCAAAACGGUGAAUUUUCUGGAGAAUCAGAAGGUCGACGUGAUCUUCGGGCCGACUUGCAACCGCCCGGGACUCGCCGCCUCCGCCUUGGCUACUUAUUACAAUAUCCCGAUAUUUGAGUGGGGUCUGACGACGUCGAAAGAUCUGACGGACAGCUCCAGAUUCCCAACGACGGUGCCGUUCUCCGUCAAUUUGUAUAGUCUGGCUCUGGCGAUUCGAGCAACGAUGAAGCAGUUCGAAUGGAGUCAGUUUGUGUACAUGUACUCGAACGAUGGGGACGAGGAGAAGGGCGAAUCGCUGAAAGAUGAUGUCCAGGUACGGUAACUCCCGUAUAAUAGCAUCGAAGUCUCUCAGGAAGUGGUCUCGAUAUACGGCGAAAUCACAUUCGCAUACACUUAUCAAAUGUCGUCAAAGAGUCUGGACGACAUGAGAACUGCGGUGAAGGCGGUGAAACAGAAAGGAAGGGGUGAGCAAUAUCUGAAGAUCUGUAAUCAAAAAGAAGGUGUACGAAUACUCAUUGUAGUGAUUGUGACGUGUGUGGCGGCUUCUGAAAACGGAUCCAAGAAGACGGUGAUGCAAGCGACGGCGCUGGAGAAAAAUGCCCUGUACCCAUAA